AUGGAUGAAGGAAACGACCGGUCAUUCAGUUUACCCAUUCCGCAUUUUCCUAUCAAGCUUCUAUUCGAGACAGAUGAGUACGACUUUUACAAAAUUAAGCAGAGGGAGAGGGAGGAAGAAGAAGAAAGUCGUUCGAAGGGGAAGGGGGUGGGGGAUCAGUUGAGGGAACGUGCGACGAGCUUGCUAGGAAGCGAGCACGGGAGCGAAACGGAAAGUGAUAAUGAAAAGCUCUUUAUGAGCUACCUCAAAAGUAUUGCACAAAGGGACACGUCUAAUACCCGCAACAGGGGUGAUGCAAAAAGUGGUGCCGCAAACACGUAUAGCAAUAGCUGGCAAAGUAGUGUACAGAAGGGGGGGGGAAUAAAAUGUACAAAGCAAUCCUCCGGAGGGGACACAGGGAAACAAUCCUGUUCCCACCUGGCCUCACCAAAUAGCAAACCCCAUGACGAUAAUGACAUCACGACAGGAAGGCAGCCGUGCCACAUGUUUGAAAAGCACCCACACUUACCAAUAAGUAAGGAGCUGAGACGGGAGUGGAUUUACCACACCCCCGCUGGGGCGUUCAUUCCUGUGCAAGUUCGUCUGCAUGAUUUUAAAGAAGAAUGCGACAAGGUGAAGAAGCGGUUACGGGGCAGAGUAACUAAUAUAGCCAAUCAGGACGACCCCAUUUUGAAACAAAACAAAGCCGCAUUAUAUGAACCCCUCAUAGAAGCAUUACAAUCCGGAGUUCGAAGUCCCAACGUAGGUGAAAUUGUCAACCACAUCGUGAACCACAAUUGUAAGAACUGGCAACAAAAGGUAGAUUUAGAAGCACUAAGAAAAGAAGCAGAUAAUUCAAAAAAGGAGAGAGUACUGAAUAGGACAAAAUGUUUUGUGGAGUGGUUACCACGAAUGGAAAAAAAUUCUUUUAGCAAAUAUGAAAUAAUAGCUAAAUUAAAAAGGAAAACAUUGUGCAGGACAUUUAAGCUUGUUUGUGAUUUUAACAAUACAUUGUUGAAAGGAGUGUACAUAAAUCAAAAUUUAAUUAACACUCUUUAUGCAGAACAGGCAAAGCGCCAUCUGGUUAGAUCUCCUUCUAUACAAAAUUUAACUUCAAAAGAAACGUUCAUCAUUUCAGUCUCCUUUUACCACCCAAUAAGGGGUAUUAAAAUAGCUGAGUAUGAACUGUUGUCAUGGCAAACCUUGGCAGACCUGACAGAUGUUUUUUUUUGUUUUGAUUCUUCAAAUUAUGGCCUACCCCAAUUUAAUGGAUCCGUGUACUACAUAGAUGGAGUGCUCUACCCUGACUUGAGGUCGCCAAACGCGACAGACUACUCAGCAUGCAUAUUUGAAUUUUACAAAAAAAAAAAAGAAAAUAAUUUUAUUCGACCCCCAUAUAAGAUAUUACAACAUAAGGCUGUCCUGGCUGAAAUGGAAAUACCUCUCUACCAAAAGUGCUGCUUCCUACAUCAAGGCAAUUGUGAGCACAGAAUUAUUUUUAAUAACAUUAGACAAUAUAAUAGCUUGCGCGAUAAGGAGUUUUCCAAGUACCCCUUCAGGACCUUCAAACCGAACAUUGCAAAAAAGUUUUGCUUGUGCUGCCAUAAAAAUAUUGCACAGAAGAUCGUCCUGGACUGUUAUCUCUUUAAGGAAAACCCAUCCUACAUUUGCAACUGUUGCUUUGACUUGUUUCUGCUGGAUGGGGACGGUAAUCCCGUCGACGCGAUUAUGAAGCAUUUCGAGUACAUAGACGAGGUACUGAAGCCAGGUAAAGUUGUUAUCAUGUUAAAUGGACGUAGAGCUGGAAAAAAGGCAAUAAUUAUAAACACGUAUGAAAGCCAAACCAGGGAGAGACCCUACAACUAUUGCCUCGUUGCGGGUAUAGAAAAGCACCCACUGAAGGUUACCAAAAAAAUGUCCAAGAGGAAAAUUAUGAAGAGAUCAAAGGUUAAGGCAUUUGUAAAGUACAUUAACGUGAAUCACAUUCUUCCAACCAGAUACCAAGUGGCCAACGACUUUGAUAUAAAAAGUUUAGCAUCGGAGGAACUUUUAAGAUCCAAGAAUAAAAAGAAGGAAGUUAAAAAGUUGGGAAAAAUUUUCAGAGAUAAAUUCUUAGACCCAAUUAACAAAAAGACGGGUGAAGUUUCCAAGGACAUUUCAUUUUUGCACAAGAAAUUAUACUUUUAA